AUGUCCCGCUUGCUUGCUGACAUCGAUGCCACUUGUGCUUCCUUGGGGCUCUUCGACGGGGAGCGAUAUAUCAGCGCUCCGGACAGUCUCUCAAGUUUAAAGCACUUAAUAUGGAUACUGCGUCGAGACAAUGAUACACACGAAUACAGAAGACACAUUGGACAGUCUUCUGUGCUGCGGACCGACUUGCUUCCUAUGCUGGUGUGCCAUGAUGAAAACUCCGAGUACUUCGACGUCCUGCUCAGACUCUUGCUCAACUUGACCUGCUCCUCUUACUUCCUGUACCACAAUGAAGUGCCAAAAGACAAGACAAAUCACAGAUUCUACUUGGAGCUGAAUUUCAUCCUCCGGGGGUACAAGGAGGCCUUCGCCGAUGAGUUUGUGUGGAUCGUGCUGAAGAAUCACCUGCAGAAGUUGCUAGAGACGACGAGCAUGGAGCGGAAUGAGGAACAGGAGCUCAUUAUUGAACGAAUUCUCGUGCUUUUGCGAAAUGUUCUGCAAAUUCCAUCGAGCACAGAGGCGGAGGGACAACACGAUGGCGACACACUGCACGACCAAAUUCUCUGGGCCCUCCAACAGUCAGGGAUGACUGACAUAAUCCUCUUUGUUCUGUCGUCGAACAGCGAGAAUCAAUACCACUUCCACGUCCUCGAAGUCAUGUACUACAUGCUCCACGAGCAGGCGGCGGAGGCGCUCGCUCAGGCCAAGCAGGAGAGGACGAGCGAUGAGAAGGAGUAUGAUAACAACAAAUUGAGGGCUGUUAGGUGUGUAGAGAGAGAUAAAUCGCAGUCACGAACUCUGCCCGGGCGGCACUCGAGAUUUGGCGGGACAUACGUUCUGAGGAAUAUAAAAUCUGUCUCUGAGAAGGACGUAAUAUGUCACCAGAGCCUCGAGAAGGCAUUCAAUGUGACUUUCGAUGCGGAGAAGAAGAAAAAGCGCCACACAAGGGGCCGAAUUUUGGGCGGUUUCACGCCAGAACGCAGAAGCCUCUUCGCCAUCCGAAUCCACCUGAGGCAAUUCUGCAUUCAGCUUCUUCACAAGGCCUACAAUCCAUUGAUUCGCCAGAUCAAACGCAUUCUCGACUCAAAUCCACACUCGAGCGCCCAUGAUGAUUCCUAUCUCUUUUGGGCGAUUCGCUUCUUUAUGGAGUUCAAUCGAUUCAACGGCUUCCGCCUGGAUUUGGUGAGUGAAACUGUGAACGUGCAGACUUUCCACUGGAUUCUCACGCGCAUACAAGAGUCUCUGGAUGUUCUGCAGCUGGAAAAGAAGAACUUCAGGCCCUUGGCGAAGAAGCUUCACAUUAGAAUGCUCGCUUUUCGAGAAUGUCUCCUCACACUGUGCACAAUGCAAACACUCACCGACGAUGCGAAUCAGUGCCUCUCCAAGCAGAUCCAGAACAACAUAUUCUACGUAAUGGAAUUCCGGGAAAUGGUGCUCCACUUGAUGCUUAACUACAAGGAAACGCAAGUCACGAAGUCCUACCUGAUCGAUACCGUUCAGAUGGCACAUUUGUUCAUGAGGAUGUUUGAGAAGUUCUGCCAGGGAACGGUUUUUGUGCAGUGCCCGAAGAGCAAGGCCAAGAAGAGGGCGAAAAAGUCGAAGAAUCGACCUAAGAAGACAUCCAUGAAGAGCUGGGGUGAGAUUAGGGGGGAAAUUCACGAAAGUCUCACAAAGGAGUUGGCGAAAGAUGACUCAAUUAUCCCCUUUGAUGCCACUUCCAGCAAGCCCAUCGAUGACCAAAGUGAGGACUGCAUGAGAACAAUAUUUUCACUGCUUCACGGGGAAAGUUAUGAGAGGGCCGUUUUGUACUUACGAGCUGCGAGGGAAGUGUGGCCAAAUGCGGCUUUUGGAGAGGAAAAUUCAAGUGUGGACGAUGAUUUGGAAAUACUGAAGGCUAUCUAUCUUGCCAAUCUGGAGUAUUAUCCUGAAAAUGAUAACGAGAAUGAUUAUGAGGAGGAUAAUGAGAGUGAGGCUGAUGAAGAAAACUACACAAACUUCACCGAGAAGCAAUUUAAUUUUGAUGACUUUGCUAAAAGAUUGCUCAAUCCGAGGGCGACUCGUCUAUGUGUGCUGGUGCUGUUGGAGUGGAAGACACUGUCGGCUAAUGCCCUAUUGAGUGUGGUAACUGUGCUCCAUCGUGUUGCGGUGAAGUACAAAAUGCCCAAAAUGCUGUAUCAGGCAUCACUAUUCAGGGUGUUUCAGGAAGUGCUUCACGCCCCCAGAGAGACACGCCAUGAGGAGUUGAGGCGCCUGGCCACAUUCAUUGUGCGACGCUUCACGCAGGACGCUGAGAAGAAUGCAAAAAUUUAUGCAGAACUCUUCUUCUACAAGACCUUGAGAGACUGCGAUGAGGAAAGUUAUGCGUCAGCUGGGAAGGGGCGCAAGGGCAAAAAAGCCCCCGGCCCCAACGCAAAUGAUCAAUCUGAUGAUGACAAUGAGAUUGAACCAGUGGAGAGUGGAGCAAUUUCUCCCCGGAGACCAUCGAUUGAUGGGGAGAUUAGCUCCAUGGAUCGCAGUGGAAUGAAUCAGGAUUACACAGCCACACGUGAGCCACAGCUGAGGCUGAGGAAUGAGAAUGUCGAUACGGCGAACAUCCGGGAGAUUGCUGGAAAAUUGAAAGCACAGUUCAAGAGUGCUAUUCACUGGCUCCAAGAGACACUUCAGGAUGAAAUUCAGGAGAUGUCACAAAACGUCCCCGAGGACGAUGAAGACAAUGCCGUGCCGCUGGUUCCGCUGUUCGAGGAGCACAAAGUGGCGCUUGAAAGUGUUGAAUUUCAGGAGCUCCUUACGGCGAUGGGAAUGCUGCAGCCACUGGAAAAUGAGAUUUAUUGGCGUAUACCCAACAACAUUGCCGUGGAAGAGCUGCAAAGUCGCUGUGACCUUCUGUCUGAUGGAAAUGGAUUACAAUGUAAUAAGCGUGUCAGAUCCGACAUCGAUAUCUCGUGUCCUGAGGUGGAAGAAGGAAAGACGAAUGAGCCAAUUGACGACGGAGACGAUGUCAUCGAUGUGAGAAAGAGGCGAAAGAUUCAUAACGUCAUUGAUAGUGAGGAGGAGGAUGCCGAUUGAGUAUACAAUGUGCGUUAUCUGUAAGCUGAAAUAUUGAUUGUUUUCUCUCGACUAAAAGAGUAAGUAAAAAUCUU